GGGUCCGAGACACAAACCUCCCAGCGAGGCUCCUCCCGCCGGUCCCUCCUGCUGGCGACCGUCGCAGCAGCAGCGGCUGCAGCUCACACUAAGAAUUAGAUCUUUUUCAGCCUACAAGACUUGCAAACUCUUAACUGCACCCACUCUCCUAUUAGGAGUUUUUUUCCCCAUUGGAUUCUCUCCUCCUCCCCCAUCCUCCUCCUCUUCCUCACUUUGGAGAAUUUAAUGCUUCUUUUAGGACCUUUUUGUGAUCCAGGGGACGUGACACCCCAGAGCUCCAACCACCUUAGCUGAAUUCUACUUUUGUUUUUAUUUCUCCCGCGCUUUCUCCCGCGUUCCUCCCAUCUGACAGAUCUGCGAAGUCUGAUGCUUCUGCCAGAGGGAGAGGAAUAAAUAGAUGCUGCUGCCCCCACGGCUCAGACGUUGGGAAGGAGCGCUAGGGGCGGCGGCCGGAGCUGGGCGAAGCUCGUGGGACCCCAUUGGGGGAAUUUGAUCCAAGGAAGCUGUGAGACUGCCGGGGGAGGAGAAGCUCCCAGAUCCGCGUGUCCACUUCCCGGGGGAGGAGGAGACGGCGGAGCGGGCCUCCCGGCGUCCACGGCGCUGCUGCCCCCGGCCCCUGCUCGGCCCGCGGGGAUCAUGGCGUGCGGCCGCGCGGGAGCGGUGCUGCUGCUGCGGGCCGGGCUGCUCGCCCUGGCUGCGCUCGGCCUGCUUCGGGUGCCCGGAGCCCGAGCUGCAGCCUGUGAGCCCGUCCGCAUCCCCCUGUGCAAGUCCCUGCCCUGGAACAUGACCAAGAUGCCCAACCACCUGCACCACAGCACCCAGGCCAAUGCCAUCCUGGCCAUCGAGCAGUUCGAAGGUCUGCUGGGCACCCACUGCAGCCCCGAUCUGCUCUUCUUCCUCUGUGCCAUGUACGCACCCAUCUGCACCAUUGACUUCCAGCACGAGCCCAUCAAGCCCUGCAAGUCCGUGUGCGAGCGUGCCCGGCAGGGCUGCGAGCCCAUCCUCAUCAAGUACCGCCACUCCUGGCCGGAGAGCCUGGCCUGCGAGGAGCUGCCGGUGUACGACCGGGGCGUGUGCAUCUCUCCCGAGGCCAUCGUCACUGCGGACGGAGCCGAUUUUCCUAUGGAUUCUAGUAAUGGAAACUGUAGAGGGGCAAGCAGUGAACGCUGUAAAUGUAAGCCUAUUAGAGCUACACAGAAGAUCUAUUUCCGGAACAAUUACAACUAUGUCAUUCGGGCUAAAGUUAAAGAGGUAAAGACUAAGUGCCAUGACGUGACUGCAGUGGUGGAAGUGAAGGAGAUUCUAAAGGCUUCUCUGGUGAACAUUCCAAGGGAUACAGUCAACCUCUACACCAGCUCUGGCUGCCUGUGCCCUCCACUUAAUGUUAAUGAGGAAUAUAUCAUCAUGGGCUAUGAAGAUGAGGAACGUUCCAGAUUACUUUUGGUGGAAGGCUCUAUAGCAGAAAAAUGGAAGGAUCGACUUGGUAAAAAAGUUAAGCGCUGGGAUAUGAAGCUCCGUCAUCUUGGACUGAGUAAAAGUGAUUCUAGCAUUAGUGAUUCCACUCAGAGUCAGAAGUCUGGCAGGAACGCUAACCCCCGGCAAGCACGCAACUAAAUCCUGAAAUGCAAAGAGUAACAUCGGUGAACUUCCUGUUAAGACUUGCGUUGCUGGACUAGCAAAGGAAAAUUGCACUAUUGCACAUCAUAUUCUAUUGUUUACUACAAAAAUCAUGUGGUAACUGAUAUUACUUCUAUUUUCUCUUUUGUUUUCUGCUUUUCUCUCCCCCCGCCCCCGUCACCCCCUUUUUAAUGGACUGGGGGCAGAUCCUUAAAUAUAUGCUUUCUGUUUCACUAAUCAUAGGAAAACUGUUCUUUUGCAUUAACAAUAAAUUAAACAUGUUGACACUAAGGUCUCUCUGCUGGAGUCCCCAGAUGUUAAUUUACUGUUUUGCACCCAGAUAGGGAACGUAGUAUUGGAUGCAAAGAGAAAUUUCUGGUAUCCACAGAAAGCUAGAUACCCUGUAAAAUAUACUCUGCUGAUCUAAUUACAGCCUCAUUUUCCUAUGCCUCUUGGGCAUUCUCCUCACGCUUAGAAAGUUCUAAAUGUUUAUAAAGGUAAAAUGGCAGUUUGAAAUCAAAUGCCAUAUAGGCAAAGCAAUCAAGCACCAGGAAGCAUUUAUGAAGAAAUCACACACAGGAUGAAUUAUUUUUGAGAUUGGCAGGAAGCAAAAUAAAUAGUGUUAGGAGCUGGAGAAAGAACAUUUUGUCUGAUUGAGAAGCACAACUAAAACCAGUAGCCGUUGGGGUGUUCACAGUAGCAUUCUUCUUUUGGCAAUACAUUUGAUUUUUCAUGAAUAUAUUAAUCCACAUUUAGGAAGUGAAUUAUAACUAGGCAUCUGCUGUUAUCACCAUAGUUCUGUUUAAUUUGCUUCCUUUCAAAUAAACCCAUUGGUGGAAGUCUUUUUUUUUUCUCUUCUUUAAAAAAAAAAUCAGACUUGCUGUAUUGACCAGGAAAAGAAAGUUAUACAUGCAUGUGCACCUGGGUGUUAUUUUUAAAAAGUACAUAGCGCUAUGAAAUGCUGUAGAUUACACGAUGAGGAAAUGUGCAAGUUUUCUUUUUUUCUUUGGUGUGUAUGUCUGUAUUUGUGUACGUGUGUGUAUGCACACACUCACACCCGAGCUGGACUAAGUUACAGGCCUGCCACUGGCCUGCACUUUAUCAUUUGGAUUUGUGCUGUUUCAUGCUCAGUAAAAAAUGUCUAAUAAAAGGAAUUAUGGUUGUCA